GAAAUGUUUACUUCACCUUUUAUUAUAUAAUUGAAUACACCCAUCUAAUUGAUAGAAUAAUUAUACCAGUGUAUUAAGAUGUCCGAUAUAAACUGUUGUCUAUUGUUUAUCAAUUGUGUUAAACCAAUAAAAUACAAGAUGAGUUUAUCAAAACUCUUAUUAAGUAUCUAUUUUGAAUGAAUUGAAUAGAUCCUUGAAUAUUCCUUGAAAUGAACAUUAUCUUUGUCAUAGGUGUACUUCUUGUAUUUCAAACCUUUCAAUCUGCAGAGACUAACAAAAGCACAGAUGGUAGUAAUAAUGCGACACAAUCACCAUGGGACCAAUUUCAUACCUGGUUAAAUCUUAUAUGCACUAUUUUCUCAUUAUGGGAAACCAUUAAAGGGAUUUUAUCAUCAUGGUGGUGAAAUGUACAACUUUCAUUAUCUUUAAUUUCUAUGGAUCUGUUGAAUUCGUUCAACAGUCUUAACUUAUUGAUAUUCUGUUGUAGUUAUUCACUAUUAUGUGAAUAUAGAUUUCAUAUAAAUGAUUC